AUGGGUUCUUCGUCCUACGAUCUUGACGAUGAUCCAAGUCCGUUAUCAUCUCCGUUGGGACCCCUUUCACAGUCGCCUCAGUCGGAUCACUUCAUCAGACGCCUCUCGACCCAUACCGAUGAUUCAAUGAGAUACUCCGCGGAGAGUGUCUCGUCCAACUUCGACCAUCUCUCGAGAUCUUCUCUGCUGGAUCAUGAACAUGGACUUGGCCCAUCAGGUCUAGAUCGCAUACGUCAACAACCUUCAUCGCGAGCAUUCACCCUUCCGAACAUUUCCGCCUCGUCGCUUGGCCCAGUGGCUUCGCGCUGUCAUUCACCUUCCCCGCGUUCCGCCUCCUCGUCCCGAGCCCAUCCCACUCGCCUUUUUGCCAGUGACGACAUUGAGACCCUGGAGGACCUCCAUCGCUUCCCUUGCGAGUCGCUGCAUUCGUUCUCGUUUGCCCAGAAAUCCGAGGAAUUGCUUCACAAUCGGCAUAAUAUCUUGAAGAGGUCGAUCGAUUUCAUGCGCGACCGCUUCGGCUGGGCUACCGGCAAUAGCCCUGCAUUGGCUGCUGUACAAGGCCGCGCUGGCGGUGACUCGGAUACGCAGAGCGUGGUGGAUAUCUCGACAAGAACGAAUGUAUUAGCCAAGGAAGACCGAUUUCACUUCGCAGGUUUGACGCGUGGUCCGCAAACCGGCCCUGCUAAUGUGGAUAGUGAUAACAUCUUUGAGAGAGCUUUUACAGACCCUCAAGUUGCAGCCGGCAGGUUUGGAGAGAGACCUGCGGAAUAUGGCUCGAUGGGGGCUCAAUUGCGCUACUCAGGGCAGGGAGCGGAUGACCCGAGAUCGCAGCAGGAGGAGGAGUUGAGGUCACACUCUUCAUCUAGGCGCGUAAGCAUUAAAAAACGUACUAACACCGAAAUCGGUUCUACCGCUAUCCGGGGCAAGCUGAUGGAGACUCUAGCACCCUAUACAACCACCGACCCCUUUUCUCCAACCAGCUCCUCAACCUUUGGAUACGGAUUUCCCGUGCCUGUGCUACAUACCCACAGCAGCAAGUGGACACCAGCAUCGCAGGCCGUGUUCCGGACCGAAUCGCAGGAGCCGUGGACUAUCUUGGCAGCGAAUGAUAUCUCGUGUCUCAUAUUCGGUGUCACCCAAGGGGAACUCCGCAAACUAAGUAUACUGGAGGUCGUACAAGAAGACCGGCGGGAUUGGAUUGAAUCCAAAUUACGGGACCCUUGCACUGAAGCGGCGGCAAAGCUCAAAUCUUCGCCGGAACGAACGCGUUCCAAGCCCGCGAAUACCAAAUCAAUGGGAAUGGGCAACGGCGUGACAGCACAGCUGCUGAGUAAACCGCCUUCUCGAGCAAGGCCUCCCCGGAGAGCGCAGACCGACGAUGGUUAUGGCUCUAGCACGAGACAGUUGAACCAUCCUCCGACCAAAUCCCGCGGGGUGCUUCUUUGUGGGGAUGUUGUGCCUAUCAAGAAGCGCGACGGCAAAACAGGGUCCGCUAGCAUCUGGGUGAUGGAGAAACGAGGGGGCUUGAUUUGGGUUAUUGAGGAGAUUCAAGAGGAUGUCGUGACAGUCACUUGCAACGAGUCUUGGGAUAUCGUGAAGGUCGACGGUGAUGUGGACAAGAUCUGGGGUCACGGUGCGGUGAAGCCCGGAGAACGGAUUACAGAACUCCUGCCUCGCCUUCCUGAGGACUGUCUGGCUGGCUCCAUGCGCACAGGCCUCACGAAAGUGGCUGAGACCAAAUACUUUGCUUCUCGCACAACUGCCGGUAUCUGCAUUCCCACCAUAGUUACCAAAGGAGAAGGAAACAGGUCUCUUCGGAUAUCGAGCUUUCCUCAUGUUGCGGGCAUGAUGGUCCUAUCCUCGUCGACUUUGAAGAUUGUCAGCUCCAAUUCUGUGUUCUCCGCAGCGCUCUUUGGUCAUGAGCGGCCCGAGGGCCUGCACAUCAAUGACUUGAUACCUGGUUUCGAUGACUUGUUGAACGUGCUUGUCGAGGAGGAACGGGUUCCUCUUGUGGACGGCAUCGUGAUUCCUGAACCCAGUUUCCGCAGAGCGCGAACCUUGUCAAUUCUCCGGGACGGCGGAAAAGCUCACGUUGUUUCCGUUCUACUAGAGCCAUCUGGACUUGCGGCCACCCAUCGCGACGGGUCCUCAAUAGCGGUCGACGUUCAAUUGCGGGUGGCCAAGAGCGGCACCAUCUUCACCAAGCCGCGGAAAGAAUCUAUUGAGGAGGUCAAUGAGUCAGAUUCCGAGCAUGACGCUCCUAUCGCAGUCACCGAACUCGUGUAUGCUUUGUGGGUGACGUAUUCGCGUCACAUCCACUCAGCAGCCCCGAGGUCCAACAUCCCAUCUCCCCUCGAAUCGGUGCCGUCUGGCGCUGAGAGCCCUUCGGCAGUCCUUGUGUCAGGCACGCCAACGCCGAUCUCCAGCCCGCAUCCUUAUAUAAAUGAACAGACGUCGGUUGAGAGCCAAAUACCCACGUCCACCCUGAGCCAGCAGCUGAGCGAAGCUGCUUCCCAGCCAUUGACAGACAAGCCUGUUCAGCCGGUGCCCGAAGUGAGACCGACUAGCGCGAAAGAAACACCGAAGAAACGUACCAUUGCCGAUUAUACUAUCUUGGAGGAGAUGGGCCAAGGGGCGUACGGAGAAGUCAAACUUGCCCGCCUGAAGAAGAUCCCCACGAAGAAAGUUGUCUUGAAGUAUGUCACCAAGAAGCGGAUCCUUGUUGAUACAUGGACUCGGGACCGUCGUCUAGGAACAGUUCCGCUAGAGAUUCACGUGUUGGACUUCCUUCGGCGAGACGGGUUGAAGCACCCUAAUAUUGUGGAAAUGGAAGGUUUCUUCGAGGACGACAUCAACUAUUACAUUGAGAUGACCCCACAUGGCCUGCCCGGCAUGGAUCUGUUUGACUACAUCGAACUGAAGGUCAACAUGGAUGAGUCAGAGUGCCAGAAUAUCUUUCGACAGGUCGUGUCUGCCAUUCAUCAUCUGCAUACCAAAGCUCUUGUGGUUCAUCGGGACAUCAAGGAUGAGAAUGUCAUCUUGGACGGUGAGGGGCGAAUCAAGCUGAUCGACUUUGGAAGUGCCGCUUAUAUCAAGAACGGGCCUUUCGAUGUCUUUGUAGGCACAAUUGAUUAUGCAGCACCCGAAGUCCUUCAGGGCAAAUCCUAUCGCGGGAAAGAGCAAGACAUCUGGGCUCUGGGUAUUCUCCUGUAUACCAUCGUCUACAAGGAAAACCCCUUCUACAAUGUCGACGAAAUCCUCGACCACCCCCUUCGGGUCCCGUUCUUGCCCUUCUCCGAGGAUUGCAUCGACCUGAUUCGAAGAAUGCUUGACCGAGAUGUCGACAAUCGGUUGACUGUCAGCGAAGUCUUAGAGCACCCGUGGAUGGCGGACAACUGA